CUUCACGUUUCUUUUCACUUUGGGGGAAAUCCCGCAGCCUCCGUGGCUGUGGCCCCGUGCACGGUCGCGCCCACUUUUUCGCUUUUUCGCUCCCAGAUGAGAAGAAGAGAAGGCGAACAUGCCUCGACUUGUCUAGUUGGCUGGGUCGCGAAAGAGCUUGUUCUUCUGGCCAUCGCCAGUCGUCGUUUCUAGCACUCGUCUUCUCUUCUCAGUCCCCCGGUUGGUCCACUGCAUUGGCCGCGACAAUGCCGAAGCGCAAGGUUGUCAAAUCAAUUCCAGCUGCCGUGAGCAGGAAAUCUACACGCCUGAGUGGCAGUCCUGCCAAAAGGACUUCAACCGUGAAGGCGUCCGACAGUGCUGACGGAUUUGUGCAGGGGAGGACGAAAUGGACAGCGAACAAAACCUUGAAUGAAAUUCGCAAGGCGUACGAGGAGAAUUCCAACCUUGCCUACGCGGCAUCGAUCAAGCAGUAUAUGCGUAAUCAGUUCGAAUUCUACGGACUGAAAGCACCAGUGCGAAGACGCCUGGACGCCCAGAUCGCUGAAACAGUCGAUUUUGCUGAAUGGACAGGAGAGCGUCUGCAUAGUCUGAUCACACUAUUAUGGGCACAAACACACAGAGAGUACCAACACUUUGCUGUCGAGUUGGCCAGAAAACAUCUUGCUAAAGUUCUGUACGACUUUGAUCACAGCAUGGACCUGUUGCGCAGGAUGAUCACGACCAAGAGUUGGUGGGACACAGUGGACAUGAUCGCUCCACACCUUGUUGGUGCACUGGUGACGCGAUACCCUGCCAGGGGUGUUCCACUGAUGGACGAGUGGAUUCAGGAUAAGCACCUGUGGAUCAGACGCGCGGCCAUUCUGCAUCAGUUAGCGUACAAGAAAGAUUGCAACGAGGAGCGUCUGUACCGAUACUGCCUGGCGUGCUGUGCUGAGACCGACUUCUUCAUUCGGAAGGCGAUCGGAUGGGCACUUCGACAGCAUGCGUACCUGCGACCAUCGUCUAUCAAAGGAUUUGUCUCGACCAACGAUGAGAAACUUUCCUCGCUUAGUAAAAGAGAGGCGCUCAAGCAUCUUGGCGGCUGGCCAUCAAAGAAAUGAGUCGCGCUCAUCUUUUCAAUGCCGCAGCAAGAGUGCUGGAACAAGCAUUGUUGGUGUGCGUCCAAUACAAACCACUACUGUAGUACAGGUACACACCACCCUAUGUAUGUGUGCACUGUACAGGUACACACCAUAGUAUGUGUGCACUGUACAACCCAAGAUUGCUACAUUGGGAAGUGCAUGGCGCCUUGGUGACGACGCUGCUCAACGCACAUGUAUUCUGAUAGUGACUGUAGAUUAGAGCUGUGUGCCGCAUCGCAACGCAAACACUGCAAGACUAGUAGAUCGCACCAGUUAGGCAUUCGCCGUACCGACAUGGUGCUAUAGUGACGGUACUGGAUGAAGAGAGGCCACUGAAACGCCGUCGUUUCGACUAGGUGGUAGCUUUACCCUCUAUUCGACAGAUGGGCUCCGUACGCCAAUCCACAUUCCGUGUGAGUCGUGCACUGAAGAUGCACUGUCAAUGGCAUCCCUUAUCGUGCAUUGUACUGCUGUACUGUCCAAUCAAGCUAUGUACAUGUAGGUGUAGUGACUGUGUUUUUCGAGCCGUAUUCUCCAUGAGUUGCCGCGGUUACGCUAGGUGACUGCAUAUGCAUGUGCCAUGCUGACUCAAACACACGGGAAUGUAGCACUAUUCCACCAAAGCCGAGCGACCGAUCACGCCGUCAACUCUCUCUUCUCCAGCUUCUCCCCCUUGUGAAGCAGAGGCUUGUGGACACGACUCACAAGAAGCGCAAUCCUCUAGCGACGUAUUUGUCCAGGCUGCAGUCAAUCCAGCUUGCUCCUUGAAAGCAGGACCGGCGAAAGCAGUUUUCGAUUGGUCCGGCCACACCCUAACCGUUCAUACAGUUUGUGUAUGAUAUGACGGGUAGACAUAACCUCCUCGGCAGUGAACACAUGAUGUUGGUGGCCAGAAAGUUGGUCCGGCCAUGGACUGACCAAACUGACCGGUUCCGCCGGGCCUGGAAAGACAGUUGAUUCAUGUUGGAGUCGGAGGACUAUAGAGUUAUAUGAAAUUUGUCUGGUUCGUACACAUCUGUUUUCGCUCACAACAAACUUGAAAGAAUGUUUUUCUGUGCCCGGUUAAGUCAUGAACAAUAGUCGCCCAGCAUACUUUCAAUAGGCUCUUUAGCAUUUUCAAAUUAUUCACUGAUGUCAUGCAAGAGUGUAGUUGAGCAUUCCUUUCUGCCUGUCAGUCACUAAGUGUUAGUAUUCUCUUCUUAUUGUUACGCACCGUACCGGCCGUGCUCGUCGGGGUACAGUGUAAUCCUGUUAUAGGAAACCCACAGCCUUAGCUGCGGACUAACACCAUGAACACUACACAACAGGUUAUUAUGAAACAUACUAGUAGUCAAAGUGUUGUGUCUGUGUAGUCAAAGUGUUCUGGGGUUACUAUCCACCAUAGAAUAGCCUGAGACAAGCUUUGACUCCUCAUACUGGA